UGAUACCACAGUCUAUUAAUAGAACUUCUAUUAAUUUGACAGGUGAUUGGUGUACCUGUUACACUGAAUGGAGAUCUGAAGAACCAGUUCGUGGAGACCAAUGUUGGUUUUGAUACAAUAUGUAAGGUAUUAGUCAUACUGGCCGGAGAGCAUGCUGUGGUGCACGGAUCCACGGCGGUGGCUGCUUCCCUUGACCUCUACACCUAUAGUUCGGGUUAUGAAGUUUACAUAUUAGAAGCUACAUAUAAGGACCCUACGGGCUGUGCAGCUAGGAAUGUGCAUGGUUUUACCCAAGAUGAUGUUGAAAAGAUGGCCAGGCAAUGGGAGGAAGCUCCAUCUUUGUACUUGCAACUUGAUGUCAAGGUAGAAACGGACAUGGAAGAUGAGGAUGUUGAUGGAAAUUUAUCUGGACUGCAAGAAAGAAUGCCUGAGAAUAACAUAGUACCUCCUCUAGGAGAAGAUACACCUGAUGAUUCUUCAAAGGAUGGGAAUAGAUGGGACUCUGAAGGAGACCAUCUGACGGAAGAAGUGAAAGAAUUAGGUAGGAGUAAAUGGUCAGAUGAUUUAGAUGAAGAAGAUACUGAAAGAACUGAACGUGUGAAAGGUAAUGUAAAUGCUCUUUCUGGAUUGAUUCAAGCAUAUGGCAAGGGUGCAAAAUCUGUACGUUGGGCUGACAAGGUUUUUGUUUUUAGUUAGUGCUAUUAUUUGUUAACACUUUAGAUUACAUACGAAUGUUCAUGUAUUUCGCCUGAUCAUAAUUUUAAACUGAUUCUCACUAUUUUUAAUAUGCGCAUGUUGGUAUCUGGUGCAUUUGUUAUGUGUUUGAGAGAAUUGAGAAACAGACAUGGAAAACUUCAAAUUUCUUUGACAUUGUAUUGUAACACAAUUCGGCUCUCAUAAGUGAGUUGUAUAUUGUUUUGGGUGAGUUAGUUAAGUAAUAUGCUAGUAGGUUUCAAUAGUCAGUGGGGAUAUAUGUUAGUUAUUUACACUUGAAUGACUGUCAUCUAAACUACAAACAACAAUUGGACAUAUCUAUGCCUAUAAAAUUACAUCGUGAAAUUAUAAAUUAAUUACAACAUGGGUGCCGAAUCAGACACAUGGUGUCUCCUAUCUGAUAGAUUUAUGACAAACAGAUUUCCAGAAGCAUCCAAAUCAAUGACUGCAGUGUCACCAGGCCGGUAAUCUCCAUCAAGGAUUGCUUCACUCAAGAUAUAUAUCAUGGUAUAUGUAUCAAGAUUGCUGCCACCCAAAAUGUUUAGGAUUUAAAUUUAUACUAGUGUUUAACCCGCGCAAUGCGCGGGAUC